AUGAGUCUUGUUCAAGUAUUGAGCGCCCUGAGCGACAGCGCGGGCGGGGGUAACAAACUCUCGCCGCGACUGGCCUAUACAGAAGGAGGUCCAACGAUGGACAUCAAUCCCCUUCCCAGUGCCCAACGCAAGGGUCUCAUUGCCAUCUCGGUUAUGGCUAUCCUCUCCUUCAUCGCCACUCUCAUCCUGAUUUUAUUCAUUACCUAUCGACUGGUCUUCUGGCGGUCCAACUAUGCACGAUACAUCGGUUACAACCAAUAUAUCGUCCUGAUUUACAACCUGGUUUUAGCGGAUCUGCAACAAUCACUCGCAUUCCUUAUUUGCAUCAAAUGGAUUGUCGAAGACAAAAUUGAAGCAUCGUCGGCGGCGUGCUUCCUUCAGGGAUUCUGGCUGCAGAUUGGAGAUCCCGCCAGUGGAAUUUUCGUGCUAGCCAUUGCCUUUCACACCUUCCUUCUAGUCACCAUGGGCCAUAAGUUGAGCCAUCGAACUUUCGUUUCCGGCGUCAUUGCACUUUGGGUAUUCGUCGCCGUGCUCGUGAUCAUCCCUCUCGCCUCACAUGGACGGUUUGUGUUUAUUCCGUCAGGUGCCUGGUGCUGGAUCAGCGAAGAAUACGAACCCAUUCGUCUGUGGACACAUUAUAUCUGGAUUUUCUUGGCCGAGUUUGGCACGGUUACCCUGUACGCUAUCAUGUGGUUCCAGCUGCGCCGGCAGAUCAAGCAGUCCGCGAUCCUGGGAAGCAGCCACACGGAAAGUCUGAAGCGCCUGCGUCGCGUUAUCGGAUACAUGGUUAUCUAUCCGAUUGCAUACAUCGUUCUCUCCCUCCCCCUGGCCGCCGGACGAAUGGCGACAGCUCAGGGCCAGACCCCCAACGUGGCCUUCUUUUGCGUUGCGGGUGCCUUGAUCACCAGCUCCGGCCUGGUCGACGUCCUUCUUUACACGCUCACCCGACGCAACCUGAUCCUGGAAUCCGAGCCGAGUCACGAUCGCAGCUACAACCGCUUUGUGAGCAGCAAGAACCGGAAGACCGAUCAUCUGACGACGAUCACGGCGGACCCGAAGAACCGAACCGAUAUCAGUGCACUGCGCACCGUGCGGCAACGUGAUGACGACGAAGAUAUGGACCACCACGUCCGGGACGGAUCGACGGACAACAUCGUGCAGAACAGCGGCGUCGAGUUGACCCCCAUGGGCAAGGUGUACCAGCACACCACGAUCGAGAUUACGCACGAGCCGGCAUACCCGUCCGAGGCCGAGGGCAGCGACCGUUCCAGCCGCGACUCCGACAAAGGGCAUGAACAAGCAUCCAGGAUGUGGGGGAAAUAA